AAAAGAAGAAGUAGAGGCUCUUAGACAGGGAGCCAGGUGAUCAAGCUCAGUUGGUCCCACCCCCACAAAAAAACAGCAAUUGGAAGCACCGAGGAUUGAGAGUUUCACAGCAAGCACAGCUGAACCCGGGAAGGUCCAGCUCUGUGGGGGAGGGCAUCCACUGAAGGAAAACUAAGAAACAGAAAAAAACUUCACCACCAACAAGCUGGACGUCCACUCAGAGACCUAAUCUGAAAGUUAGCAAUUACAAAGAUGACAAGUGGAUAAAUUCACAAAGAUGGGAAGAAACUAGUGCAAAAAGGCUGAAAACACCCGAAAUCAGAAUGUCUCUCCUUCUACAGGGGAUCACAGCUACUCAUCAGCAACAGAACAAGGCCUGAUGGAGAAUAAGUGUGAUGAAUUGACAGAAUCAGGCUUCAGAAGGUGGAUAAUAAGAAACUUCUGUGAGCUAAAAGAACAUGUUAUAACCCAAUGUAAAGAAACUAAGAACCUUGAAAAAUGGAUUGACAAAAUGCUAACCAGGAUAAACAAUUUAGAGAGGAAAAUAAGUGAAUUAAUGGAGCUGAAAAACACAAUACGAAAACUUCGCAAAGUAUGCACAAGUUUUAGCAGUCAAAUUGAUCAAGCAGAAGAAAGGAUAUCAGAGGUCGAAGACCAACUUAAUGAAAUAAAAUGAGAAGACAAGUUUAGAGAAAAAAGGGUAAAAAGGAAUGAGCAAAGUCUCCAAGAAAUAUGGGACUAUGUGAAAAGACCUAAUCUACAUUUGAUAGGUGUACCUGAAUGUGACAAAGAGAAUGAAUCCAAGCUGGAAAAUAUUCUUCAGGAUAUUAUCCAGGAAAACUUUCCCAACCUAGCACGGCAGGAUAAUACUCAACUCCAGGUAAUACAGAGAACACCACGAAGAUAUUCCUCAAGAAAAGCAACCCUAAGGUACAUAAUUGUUAGAUUCACCAGGGUUGAAAUGAAGGAGAAAAUAACUAAGGGCAGCUAGAAAGAAAGGUCAGGUUACCCACAAAGGGAAGCCUAUCAGACUUACAGCAGAUCUCUCAGCAGAAACCCUACAAGCCAGAAGAGAGUGGGGGCCAAUAUUCAACAACCUCAAAGAAAAGAACUUUCAACCCAGAAUUUCAUAUCCAGCCAAACUAAGCUUCAUAAGGGAAGGAAAAAUAAAAUUUUUUGUGAAAAAGCGAGUACUCAGAGAUUUCAUCAUCACCAGGCCUGCUUUACAAGAGCUUUUGAAAGAAGCAUUACACAUAGAAAGGAACCAGUAUCAACCAUUCCAAAAACAUACCUAAAGGUAAAGAGUAUCACCAUGAUGAAGAAUCUACAUCAACUAAUGGGCAAAACAACCAGCUGGCAUUAAAAGGCAGUAUUAAACUCACAUAUAUCAAUAUCAAUCCUAAAUUUAAAUGGACUAAAUGCCCCAAUCAAAAGACACAGACAGGCAAAUUGGAUAAAAAGCCAAAACCCAUUGGUAUGCUGCAUCCAGACCCAUCUCACAUGCAAGGAUACACAAAGACUCAAAACAAAAAAAGGAUGAAGAUUUACUAACCAAAUGGAGAGAGAGAAAAAAAAAGUAGGAGUUGCAAUUCUCGUCUCUGAUAAAAUAGACUUUAAAGCAACAAAGACCAGAGAGCGAGGAAAAAGAUGGCGGCAGUGGCGGUUGGGAGUGCUGGUGGGAGCUGCGUGUCCAGCGGGAUGGACCUGAAUUGCGUCCCUGAAAUAGCUGACACACUAGGGGCUGUGGCCAAGCAGGGGUUUGAUUUCCUCUGAAUGCCUGUCUUCCAUCCACGUUUCAAGAGGGAAUUCAUUCAGGAACCUGCUAAGAAUCAACCGGGCCCCCAGACACGAUCAGACCUACUGCUGUCAGGAAGGGACUGGAAUACACUAAUUGUGGGAAAGCUUUCUCCAUGGAUUUUUCCAGACUCAAAAGUGGAGAAGAUUUGCAGAAACUCCGAGGCACCCAUGUUACAGGAGCUGAAUUUUGGUGCAUAUUUGGGUCUUCCAGCUUUCCUGCUGCCCCUUAAUCAGGAAGAUAACACCAAUCUGGCCAGAGUUUUGACCAACCACAUCCACACUGGCCCCCACUCUUCCAUGUUCUGGAUGCGGGUACCAUUGGUGGCACCAGAAGACCUGAGAGAUGAUAUAAUUGAGAAUGCACCAAUUACACACACACAGGAGUACAGUGGGGAGGAGAAGACAUGGAUGUGGUGGCACAACUUCCAGACUUUGUGUGACUACAGCAAGAGGAUUGCAGUGGCUCUUGAAAUUGGGGCUGACCUCCCAUCUAAUCAUGUCAUUGAUCGCUGGCUUGGGGAGCCCAUCAAAGCAGCCAUUCUCCCCACCAGCAUUUUCCUGACCAAUAAGAAGGGAUUUCCUAUUCUUUCUAAGAUGCACCAGAGGCUCAUCUUCCGGCUCCUUAAGUUGGAGGUGCAGUUCAUUAUCACAGGCACCAACCACCACUCAGAGAAGGAGUUCUGCUCCUACCUCCAAUACUUGGAAUACUUAAGCCAAAACCGUCCUCCACCUACUGCCUAUGAACUCUUUGCUAAGGGCUAUGAAGACUAUCUGCAGUCUCUGCUUCAGCCACUGAUGGGCAAUCUGGAAUCUCAGACAUGUGAAGUGUUUGAAAAGGACCCCAUCAAAUACUCUCAGUACCGGAAGGCCAUCUAUAAAUGUCUGCUAGACCAAGUACCAGAAGAGGAGAAGGAUACCAAUGUCCAGGUAUUGAUGGUGCUGGGAGCAGGACAGGGUCCCCUGGUGAACGCUUCCCUGUGGGCAGCCAAGCAGGCUGACCAGCGGAUAAAGCUGUAUGCCGUGGAGAAAAACCCAAAUGCUGUGGUGACGCUAGAGAACUGGCAGUUUGAAGAAUGGGGAAGCCAGGUGACUGUAGUCUCAUCAGACAUGAGGGAAUGGGUGGCUCCAGAAAAAGCAGACAUCAUUGUCAGUGAACUUCUGGGCUCAUUUGCUGACAGUGAGUUGUCACCUGAAUGCCUGGAUGGAGCCCAGCACUUCCUAAAAGAUGAUGGUGUGAGCAUCCCUGGGGAGUAUACUUCCUUCCUGGCUCCCAUCUCCUCCUCCAAACUGUACAAUGAGGUCCGAGCCUAUAGGGAGAAGGAUCAUGACCCUGAGGCACAGUUUGAGAUGCCUUAUGUGGUAUGGCUGCACAACUUUCACCAGCUAUCUGCACCCCAGCCCUGUUUCACCUUCAGCCAUCCCAACAGAGAUCCUAUGAUUGACAACAACCGCUAUUGUACCUUGGAGUUUCCUGUGGAAGUGAACACAGUACUGCAUGGCUUUGCUGGCUACUUUGAAACUGUGCUUUAUCAGGACAUCACUCUGAGUAUCCAUCCAGAGACUCACUCUCCUGGAAUGUUCUCAUGGUUUCCCAUUCUCUUCCCUAUUAAGCAGCCCAUAACGGUGCAUGAAGGCCAGACCAUCUGUGUGCGUUUCUGGCAAUGCACCAAUUCCAAGAAGGUGUGGUAUGAGUGGGCUGUGACAACACCCAUUUGUUCUGCUAUUCACAACCCCACAGGCUGCUCAUAUACCAUUGGCCUCUAGCCCUGCAUGCAAGUGCCCAGAGCCUUGGAAGCAGCUUCAGGUUCUGCUCCUGUAGCACAGAAGGUGCAGUACAUCUAUGGGCUGUGAUUCCCCUUGCCCAUUAGAGAGAAGUGUUUCAAUCUGCUUUCCUGCCUUACAUCAAGGUGGGCAAGGGAUUAUAAUUAAUUGCAGGACUCAAGCCACCAAUCUGAAGACUUCAGGCCAGGGGGUGAGGAAUUAGUAUUGGAUUUGAAGCUAUGCACAGCCUCAAGAGCUCCCUGGAAUAUCCCUGAGAACAUGGGAUUUGAACAGAAUUUCAGCCCUUCUCUGUUCUUGUUUUGAUGGUUUUGUGUAAGAGGAAAUAGAAAUAAAGUUAUAGCCCUUUCCUGCA